ACCUCAGCUGUGUCUUAGCAACAUUAACCCUAACACACAGCUGUAGUAAAGAGCUGAAAGCAUCAAAAUGAAGUCUGUUAGACUCGGGAGGAGUGUUUCAGCGCGCGAGCUCCACAUUACACCUGCCGCAGGUUGUGUCAGUAUGUGCGGGAUGUGUCCCUCGUGCGCCUUUGCUGCAGACCCCCCGUGCUCCGUUCAGUGUCCAUGGGAAGUUUCAGAUGACUUCAAGAGGAGGUUCCUCGUGGGGCUUCUGUUAAAGUGCAGGGACAUCAACAUGCUCGAGAACAUCCAGAGAGCGCUGGGUGUCACAUCGUGGACUUUAUUCACCUACACCAGGUCCAGGAGCCGGACUUCACCUCAGCAUCAUCCCGGUCCCACUAAAGACAGGGGGCAGCAUGGGAGACCGGUGGGCAUGGAUCUGAAUGGGAUCUGGAGCUGGUUCAACAGCAGCGCUGAGUGGUUGAAACUGCGCUAUCUCUGCAGACUGUUCUCCUUCUGUGACUCUGAGCUGCUUCACGUGGUCUCUAAUUUAACCAGUGUGCUUCUAGUCAGAGAGCAGAGAGGAGUUCUGCUACCUAAUGUGAGCAGCAAAAAUAAAAAACAGCAUCAUACGGAUGCAGAUGAAGACUCAGAGGACCCUGCUCUUAUGGUGGUUCCUGGAUCCUUUAGGUCUGUAUCUGGAGUCAGCCGAUACAGGGACUUCAUAGGCUGCCUACAUGUGGAUCUGGCCAAGAGGAUAUUAGGUCUGUUGGACGAACACACUCUGAGACUUUGCCAGAAGGUUUGUCGAUACUGGCAGCACCUCGCUCAGGAAACCAUGGAGGAAUUCAAGUUAGCCAGGAAGUUUCAGGAUAAAACGAAGGCCAUGAUGGAGAGGGGUGAAGGUAAUAACAUGGUGAGCCCUACUUAUGCCAAAGUUAUUGACGUGCCUGUUCCUGCGAAGGAUGAUGAAGAACAAGAUAUUCAACCCCAUGCCCGAAAGCUUAAGCCUUUUGCAGCUGCAUACGCCAAAAUCAAAACCAAGACGGUGCAAAUGGAAGAGCGAAAUGUUUACUGUGGUGCAUAUUACACCUCCGUCCUGCUUGACAAAGUAGACCCUCAUCGUGUGGUGGACUACAGAGGCAGGACUUUAAUGGCCACGGGCUCAAAGGACCGGGUGGUGAAUCUGCUUUACGUGGCGUCACAAACUAAAACCUUGUCGGUGCUGAAGGGCCACAUCGGCAGCAUCAAAGUGGUGUUUCUCUGUGAGGACCGAGACCUGCUGAUAACUGCCAGCUGUGACUCAAGCAUCAGGUGCUGGAAUCUGAAGACUGACGCCUGUGAGAUGAUGCUGUACGGUCACACUGGAGCUGUGAACUGUCUGGAUGUUCAUGCUCAUAAGCUGGUUUCUGGAGCCAGAGACUGUCUGGUUAAAGUUUGGAGUCUACAGACAGGGAAGCACCUUGAUGAUUUAAACUUCAAGCACUCAAGUCCUGUCCAGUGUGUGAAGAUCACCAAAACAAGAGUGUACAGCAGCUGUAACCGAGGAUUUAUCAAAAUAUGGGACGUGGAGAACGGCGCACUGCUCAGGAUGAUCAAUGCGCACAAAAGCGCAGUGAAGUGUCUGUUCCUGGACGAGUGGCACCUCUUAUCCGGGGACUGUAACGGUCAGGUCAUGGCCUGGAGCGUCAGCUGUGACGUUCAAGACUCUCUAAUGACAUUCAACCACCCAAAGGAGGUGAAAUCUCUGACUCUUGUGUACCUCCGUGUCAUCACCGGCUGUGCGGACGGAAGGAUUCGAGUGUUUAAUUUCCUCACCGGAGAUUGUCUGAGAGAGAUCAAGGCAGAAGCUGAGGAAGGAUGCAUCCUGUCCUUGCACUUCCAUGACAACAGUAUUUUAGUGAACGCAAAAUCCAGUGUGAAGCGCUACCAGUUUGCCAAAGUGUUCUGGGAUUACACAGAGACCACAGGGAGAGGAAGAGAUUAUGUAGUGACUCAGGAUCUCAGCACAAAGGUGGCUCCACCUGGUUUAAUGAAGCAUGACUGCAACAACAAACCAAAGAGAUCUGAGAUGCUUCAACACAACAGCUUCCCAUCUUUACGAGGAGCACAAGGCAGAGAGCGCUGUAAGAGUGCUGAGUCGGUGCUGCUGAGCGAGAAGGCAGCAAGUGAAAGGAUCAAGAAGAGAGGCCUUCAUCAUCCUCUGACACGGGACUCCAUCCUCCUCAGGGUCAGCGCAAUGCAGCGAGCUCGGUUCAAGGAUGAAGUCAGCAUCAACAUGGAGUGCAACGCCAGGCUGCGGGACUCCUGGGGUCCUCACACAUCCGAUACUCAGAUUAACCCAACAAAGCCGACACAGGACGCUGAUCACAGGAGGCCAAAGACCUGUGUUCCCGUUCUAAGACCGGCUGUCAGUCCAAGUAUGAAAAACACAAUGCGAGGCAGAGCUCAGUGUCACAGUGCCGACACAUGCAGACCCAACAGGAGAGUUAGUGGAUUCAUCGCAGAGAGGCCACGAGCUCUUGUGACAAGAUCGCUACCUAAUCCAGAGCGCUCUGUGAAAACCAGCACCAGCUUACCCAGGAUCAGUCCUGUGAGUCCAGUGAGGGAGCGGGGAGGAUUCAGGCUGAUCACAGAGAGCCAGAUGGAGAAAUGUGAACACUCCAAGAGGGAAGUCACACUCAGACGGGAGCAAAACCUGACCAGGAAAGGAGAGAAAACACUGUGAGGAGAGAGAGAGAGAGAUAAUAUGUGUUACACUGGCAUAAUCACACCACGUUUUCUUUCCAUCUCUGUCCAAAGCGCCUUCUUUUCAAACUGUUGUUUUAUUAAAGGUCCACUAGGGGUCAGUAUUGUAUCAAAUGAUUGUUUAGACCAGGACCCAGAGUUAAUAUGCAGAAGGCAGCAUGGCUUAAAGUUUUUAUCCUUUUUACUUUUUAAAAACUGUUACCAUGCAGUUUAGGGAAGAUUUUUUUCUUCUGUAACUAAAUGAACUUGAGUUUCCACUUUGAUAUUCUGAAUUUAUUCAAAUAAAGUGAGAAGCUUGUAGUUUU